AUGUCACAAAAUUACGUGACCCUAAUUGUGUUUGUUGCCAUCGGCCUCCAAAUUUGUGAACACGCUAUGGGAUGGAUCAUUGUGAUGCGAGUGCGUCGACGCAUCAUUAAGAUCGUGCAGACUUUUAAAAAUUUUUUUUUUAAACUAAAACCAUCGCUUUUUACAGCUUUUCAAGAAUAUCGCUUCGACGCGAAUCAAUGGUUACAAUUGAGUAAUAUCGGGUCCUGGAAUACCCUGAUUUUCUCUAUUCGCACCCAGAAGGAAGCAAGAUUUUUAGUUUGCUUCACUUUGAACCAAACCAGCAGAUUUUGCUAUGGAGUUUUCAUUGGUACACAUUCAAAUACAAAAUCUUCUAUUAAUCAGUGCGACGACGUAUCAUUAAGAUCGUGCAGACUUUUAAAAAUUGAACAGACCGAAAAUAUUCUGAGUGCAAAAGAGUGGAGGACCUUCAUUUUGAAAUUGUCCGAGAGUCCUGGAGAAAUUCAAAUUUACAGUAACGACCGACUCGUAAUGUCCACUCCGAUGCAGGAAGAAAUAAAUCAAAAUUAUCUUCUAUUAAAAGCCAAAUUAGCCACAGAUGGAUUGCUCAGAUUGCAUAAAUGUAAUCAACUCGAAUAUUCCUAUAAGAU